CGCUGCGCUCGCGCUCUCGCGCCGGCCCGCGCCGCGCUUACGCAGUCAAACAACAUCGUCGUCGAAAAGGCCCUGCCAGCCCUGCCCACUGUCGACCGUCGACCGCCCAGCCCAGUCGUGUGUGCGAACCGGUGAAGAUCGGACGUUUCUCUGCUACUUGAGGUUUAGGUCUUGUUGGGAAGUCCACCAUGUCAUCGGUCUUGAUCACUGGAUCCAGUCGAGGAUUGGGCUUGGAGUUCGUCAAGCAGCUUCUGGCUCAUCCCAAAGCUCCGUCUGUGCUGAUUGCCGCGUGUAGGAAGCCAGAUAAUGCUUCAGAACUCCAGUCGCUCGCAAAAGCCCAUUCGAAUCUUCAUGUUGUGCAAUUUGACGUAAAUGACUUUGACAGCUAUGACGCUUUUACCCAGAAGGUGGCUAGCAUUGUUGGAGAGAAAGGACUUAAUGUGUUGAUUAACAAUGCUGGUAUCAUGAAAGGAAAAAAGGACUCCCUGUCAGAUUUCAAUGCCAAAGAUAUGAUGGACACCUUAACUACUAAUUACAUUGCUCCAGUACUGUUGAUCAAGGCAAUGCGGCCUCUCUUGAAGCUUGCUGCGGAUUCGAAUAAAAACUUGCCUAUUGGAUGGUCUCGAGCUGCUGCGAUAAACAUUACAUCAUAUUUGGGAUCACUGGCUGAAAACACUUUUGGCACAUUUUUGGAAUACCGAGAAAGCAAGGCUGCUCUGAAUAUGGCAGCUCGCUCAAUAGCUGUGGAACUAGCUCCUGAUAACAUCUUCGUGCUGAGCAUGCACCCAGGCUGGGUUCAGACGGACAUGGGUACAAGUGAGGCACCGCUGACAAAGGAGGACAGUAUCAGUGGUAUGCUGAAGGUCUUUUACUCCCUGAAACCAGAACAACAUGGGACUUUUGUCCAAUGGGAUGGCAAGGUGCUGCCAUGGUAAUUUUGUUUUCGAUUGUGAGAUACUGUUAAUUUUGUCUUCGAAGUGUUGAUAUUUUAUCAUGAAUUUGAUUUCAAUUUCUCAUUGUCAAUUUGUCAAUAAAGAAUUUUAAACCAA